AUGAUGAAGACACCGGGUGUAUUGGUGGGGGUGUCUCUGCUGACUAGCGUAGCUCUGCUGGGGCUGAUAAACGUGCGGCAGAAAGAAGAGAUGAAGGAGCAGAAACAUGUAUCGUUCGAGACGAUUAAACUGCGUGUGACCAGAGACGUACUGGGAGAGUACCAACACGAGGUGAUCAGAGCUCACAACCUGCUGGACAAGACCAAGGCGCAGGUGGAUACUCUGGGGUCAGAACUCCCCCCACUGCAGGCUGCAGAGGCCAAGAAGAAGAGUGAACUGGAGGCAUGUCAGGGAGAAAAGAAACAUGUUGCGGAUGAGGUGGGGGCCGUUGAGGCAGAGAACAGUAACUCUAAAACUGAGUUUGAGAAGCAAAACGCUGCCUGGGUAGCAGAGAUGACGUCUCUCAAACAGCAGGUGGUGCAGCGCAGCAAAGUGUGUGUCUUUGUGAAGAAGGACUCUGUAGAGGGAAGGAAACUGUGUGGAGAUGAACCGCCUAAACAAGAGGACGCUCCAAAACCAGAUGCCCCCAAACCAGAAGAAUCCAAACCAGAUGCUCCCAAACCUGAUUCUCCUAAAGAAGCCCCCAAACCAGACGAACCCAAACCUGAUUCUCCUAAAGAAGCCCCCAAACCAGACGAACCCAAACCUGAUUCUCCUAAAGAAGCCCCUAAACAAGAGGAUGCCCCCAAACCAGAAGAACCCAAACCUGAGGCCCCAAAGAUGAGAUGAGCUGAGCUGGGGAUGGACGAAGAGAACGGGAAGAGCAACGUGGAAUCAAAGAAAAGACAUAAGGAAGGCAGAGACCUUCUGCAGGACAUUUCUCUGUUCCUUUUUAAACUCGUUAGAACUUGUCCUUCAUGCUACUUUAGAGUGUCUAUUAACUACCAUCUAACAUGAGUGGAUAUUGAAUACUGUUUGUUAACCUUGUCCAUUCCUCUCUCUCAGUAUGACCCUCCCUCAGGGGGUGUUUGUGUGUGUGAUUUGAACAAAUGUGUAUGUGUCACCAGUAUCGACCAAUCGGAAAGUCCAGAGCCUCUCUCUGUCACUCCUCAUCAUCCUCACUCUGUUACCCCGGUGACGGUAUUUUGCAGUGGUGGCAACCAUAGCAUUGACCAAUCAAAAGUCGUGGAUUAAACUAAUGGUAUUUCUGUUUGUCUGAUUCUGAUGUAAUAAAGCUUAACCCUAAAGGAAA